AUGGCUCCUUAUGAAGCGUUGUAUGGUCGACCUUGCAGAACCUCAAUAUGUUGGAAUGAAGUCGGAGAGCGAAAAUUAGUGGGUCCAAAAUUAGUUCAACAAACAACAGAAAAUGUGAAGCUUAUAAGGGAUAAUCUUAAGGCGGCUCGCGAUAGACAGAAGAGCUACGCUGAUAAGCGAAGAAGAGAACUAGAAUUUGAAGUCGGAGAUCGGGGUAUUUCUUCGGCUGUCCCCAUGGAAAGGAAUUCUCCGGUUUGGGAGAAAAGGGAAGUUAAGAGAUACAUGCCUGAUCCUAUGCACAUACUAGCAGCACAACCAGUACACCUCAAAGAAGAUUUAUCUUACGAGGAAGAGGCCAUCAAGAUUUUAGACAGAAAAGACCAAGUACUCAGAAAUAAGACGAUUCCUUUGGUGAAGGCCAAGGUAGCGAUCAGAUUCCUCAGGGUUGAUUCUGCUGCUGCUUGCCACUAA